UCCGCCUCAUUCAAACGGGUAAAGAAAUAGACUCGGCUGAAAGCUCGUUCCUGACGUUUUGUAAAAAGUUACAGCUUUCUGAUAUGUCAGGUGGACUCACAUGUUUAUACCUCAAGAUGACCAGGACUUUGAAGAACAUUUCACAAACUUUCUUACUUUUGGUGAUUGCCGUGGUGAUUUUCUUGUUUAAAUAUAAUGCUGAUUCCAACUUCACCAGGGCCCGUGUACCUCUCCGGCUUCCUAAGCCUAGAAAUGUAAAUCGAAGAAACCUAACAAUCACAAUCAACUCCGAUGAGCUCGUGUCAAAAUGUGAACAAAACAUGAAUGUUACCAAAGUGAAAGACUUCAGCUCUCUUCCUGAUCAUUUAAAAGACUUCCUGUACUAUCAACACUGUCGCUAUUUCCCCAAGCUACUGGAUGUUCCUGACAAAUGUGGAGGAAUGAAUAAUUCUGACGACGUCUUCCUUUUGCUGGUCAUUAAAAGCUCCCCAGAGAACUACGAACGACGAGAGGUGCUGCGUAAAACUUGGGCGAAAGAGAGGUCACACAAUGGUGUGUGGAUACGAAGGAUCUUUAUUUCCGGAACAUCUGGUGAAGGUUUAGAAAAGGAAAAGAUGAAUAAACUACUUGAUUUGGAGCACCAGGAGUUCAGUGACAUCCUUCAGUGGGACUUCAGUGACACAUUUUACAACCUCACUUUGAAGCAGAUGCUCUUCCUACAGUGGCUGGAAAGUAACUGUCCAAAUGUUCGCUUCCUGUUUAAUGGAGACGAUGAUGUGUUUGCACACACUAGCAAUAUAGUUGAUUAUCUCCAAAGCCUCACAGAAAAUGAUGGACGCCAGCACCUUUUCACUGGCUUUUUGUUCACAAAUGAGAAGGUUGUUAGGUGGCCUCCAAGUAAAUAUUAUAUUCCAACACAAAUACAGAAGGAAAACCAGUACCUCCCUUACUGUGGGGGUGGGGGCUACAUACUGUCUGGCUACACAGCACUGGUUAUAUACAAAAUGUCUCAGGACAUACCCCUUCAUCCCAUUGAUGAUGCUUACAUGGGGAUGUGUCUGGCCAAAGCAGGACUUUCACCUUCUUCCCAUAUUGGUGUGAAGACACUGGGACUAAAUCUACAUUCCAAAGAACAAGAUGAUCAUGAACAUUGCUUUCUGAGGCAGCUACUACUUGUGCACAAAUACCUUCCACCUCAGAUUUAUGCACUGUGGAAACAAGUGCAUGAUCGACAUCUGAAAUGUCCUUCCACAAUGAUACUGAAAUAAUGGCGUCGAACAGCCAGACUUUGAAGAACAUUUCACAAACUUUCUUACUUUUGGUGAUUGCCGUGGUGAUUUUCUUGUUUAAAUAUAAUGCUGAUUCCAACUUCACCAGGGCCCGU